AUGUCUACUAUAUGUAUGCCUUUAACAGUUGCAAGUCUUUUCCACGGCAGGUGGAUCUUUCAUGAAACGGUCUGCCGCUUUCAAGCAUUUGAUAUCUUUGCGUUUGGGAAGUGUAGUCUUGGAACUAUGGCAGCAAUUGCAGUCAGCCGAUAUUUCUGUGUUGUUAAUCGGGAAAAGUAUCCCUCGCUGUUUAAGAAGCAAAGAGCCUUGAUGUAUAUUUUCAUCGUUUGGUGUUUAGCUCUGGUUGGAUCUGUGCCCAUAUUAGUCUUCAACAAUGACAGCAUUGAAUUCCACCCUGGGAAAGCAAUGUGUCUGUUCAAAUUUGAAAGUAACAUUGCUUACUCUGCCUCAAUCCUUUGCUGUUUUAUCACAACACCCUUGAUUAUCAUCACGAUCUGCUAUGUCAAAGUGUUCCGCGCCGUGUCGAGAUCAAAUCGUGUUUUCUCAUUGGAAAAUAACCCGGAACUUCUUCGGGUGAAUGUGGAAGAAGCCAAAGUGACCAAGCGUUUGGUAGCAGUUGUGGUCGGCUUUGCAUGCUGUUGGCUUCCUGUUUUUGUCGUUGAUAACAUCGACAUGGCACGUGGAGAACCCGCGCUACCACGACAAGUUUACUUAACUAACAGCCUCAUAAUUUAACUGAGUAGCACCAUAAACCCAUUCAUAUAUUGCGCCGCAGAUAAGAGGUUCAGACGAGAGUACAAGGUUGUUUUUGCCGAGACAACAGCGAGAACGGUAACGCUUAACUGAAAUAGCCAGAGAAGUUGUGGUAGGAAAUGGAUUUUUCUGAGAUUUUUUCCGAGGUUGUUGCUGGUAAAAUCAGAAACAAAGGACUAACGACAUUAUUUGACACUCAUCAUCCGUCAAAUGCGUUUAUCUACCGAGACGUUUCGAAGUAGUAACUAAUACCCUUUUGGUGUUUUCUCAUUAGUAAAUAAUCCAGAACUCCUUCGGAUGAAAGUGGAGGAAACCAAAGUGACGAAGCGUUUGGUUGCAGUUGUAGUCGGCUUUGCAUGCUGUUGGCUUCCUAUUUUCAUCAUCGACAACAUCGACAUGGCGCACAGAGAGCCCACACUACCACGACCAGCUUACUUAACAUAUAGCUUUUUGCUUUACUUGAGUAGCUCCAUAAACCCCUUUAUAUAUUGUGCCACAGAUAAGAGGUUCAGACGAGAGUAUAAGGCUGUUUUCUGGAAGAUUUUUAGCUUCAAAUGCCGAGCUAACAACGAAAACAACGACGCCUAACUGAAAUGGUGCAAGAUCUGGUGUAGUAGUAGUUUUUUUUCUCAGACUUUAACUGAGGUUUUCACUUGUAAAAUUGGAAACAUUUGAAGGUAGACUGGCUUGAAUUACCGAAAAGAGUGACUAAAUAAAUACUUUGCACAAACCUGGAAGUCAUUUGGAGGAUCCCAAAGACAGGCACUCUUAGUGAUUGCAGCAUCUGGAGGGGAAUUACCCUCUUAUCAGUUCCAAGAAAAAUCUUGGCGGAGAUCAUCAUCAAGUGAAUAUCAAACACAGUGGACUAUAAAGUUUUAUUUGAUUUCAGUGCACACAGCUCAUGAUUACAUUCCCUGGAAUAAGGUUUGUUAAUCGGGCACCUGAGAAAUGUUCCGUCAAUGUUGUCGUCAUACGGAAAGUUCUUCUGAGCACCUUUCAUAGUUUCGACUCCCCAUUCCGGAUUCAAUUGCUAGUUACAAUUCCCCCGCAUUUGUUUCAUUCUUCUUUCACGCUGUAAGGGCCAGCUGCGCUUGGCAAAAUAAAUGCGACACAAAAACUUCUAUGUGUCCUGAUUCCUUGUAUUCUUGUACAGGAUAAUCACAGCGAAUGACCAAUAAGGAUCCAUCCAGCGACGAUUCGAAGCUACUGCUUCUUACAUAGCCUAAAAUUCUUCGCUGAAACUAACUCGGCAAAAACGGCAAAAAAAAAAGCUGCAAGUAAUGCUGAAGCAACGCUCACGGCAUGGGGAACUGCGCCACAAGUAUAUUAUCAGCGGCGCUUUAAACUGUAUCAGGUAAAUGUAACGAAUCAUACACAUGCUACUUUCUUGUUCAACUUUCUUUUCGUUCUGCUUUGAACGAUACAAUCAGGUUUCACGAUGACAUAAUAGAGUGAACUUAUCUUUGUAAGACGAUUUACACCCGAGACAAAAUUAUCAUAAAAAGUCCAGGAACUCUAAGAUUUAUUUCAAGUUACUACAAGUCUCCUGUUACCUCAUUUAGAAGCUGUCACCAGUUCUUUUUCGCCAGUUAUUUUGCAAAGUCAAUGGUGGUGAAUCUCCUGUAGGCUUGGGCUCCACCCUUUAUAUUCUGUUGUCAACGACUGAUCCCCCCUGUCUUUCCCCUGAGAACUACGUAACUCCCCAAACAUCAACCAAUUCCUUCCCCCCCUCCCCCCGACACAUGUGAUUGACAUGAAUGAAGCCUCGCGCGUGGAACUCACGUUGCCGCGAGAAGUGUCCCUUACAUAUGGGUUCUUCGCUUACCGAAGCAGCACCAUCAACCCUCUUCAUUUAUAGUGCAUUGAGUGAGCAACUGAGGAGAGAGUUCAAGGGCAUUUUGAAGUGUUUUCGUUAAUUAAAGGCCCAAGUAGGUAGCUAUGGUAACGAAAUGUGACGACAAACGUAGCUUGAAAUCAUGUUUUUCCACAUUAAAUUAAUUUUUGCGUUGGUAUUGAGAGACGAAAUGUCAAACGCGUCCAAUUUUGCCGUUAUUUGAUAAUAUUCAAGCGCUUUAGCUGGUAUAGGGCAGAGUUUUACGAAGACGCUUAAAAAUUUUUUAUCUAGAACUUUAUUACUGCAAGCUGGUAUUAGCUCUUUAAACAAAAACAGCUGUAUUCCACAGUUUUUUUUUAAUGUGUAUCAUCAGCGAGAGACCAUCUCUGUCCUCUCCAAGGUAAAACAGUUUCUUUUUAUGCAUUUUUUAAAAUUGUUGCGACAUGAGUUGAUUUAGUUGAAUUCAAACGAUAUAAAUACUGUUAAGCAAUGUGCUAAAGCGACGAUUUUCAUAUCUUCGGCCAACCUUGUUAAAACUUGUUGGUUUCCACCGCAACACGAGAAGGAAUUAUGUCAACUUAAGGUUAAUUUAGGACGUAAAAUGACUUUUUGGCUUCAAUAUUUAGAAAGAAGAUGUUCAGACAACAUCCCCACGGUUUUUAAUUAACGUUCCAAAUGUUUCAAGCAGAAACUUGAGGUGGUUCAAACAACUUCAAAUUUUACUGACACUCUACUUCCGCGAUCUUAUAUGCUUAUCAAAAGAAAAUACUUCCCCUCUACUAUGCCGAAAAAAAAAUUUUUACCAAAAGUUGUAAUAUGGAUCACAAAAUUUCCUUUGAUUUUCGCAAUUCUUCUUUUUUUCAGUAAUUUUGUUUGAGGAAAUAAAAUUGUUGAAGCUUUCUAAAGUAUUUUCUCAUUUUUGUGAACGACGAAAUCGUCGGAUAACGUUUGUUUACUAACAGGAACCUGUAAAUGCUGAUGUGUACGAACAAGAAAUGGCUAAACAGAAUGAAUAGCUUUUCUUUCACUCAAAAGGGAUAAACCAAAUAUUAAAAGCAACUCAUUAGCACUUAUAUAAAAGUUAAACAAGUGAGAACAAUUAAAACAAACCUCUUUUAACAUCAACGAUAAAAAAUACGUGGAUGUUCCCGAAGUAAUAAAAAAUCGAUCUUUUUUUGCCUUACAACUUCCAACGGUAAAUGAAAACGACGUUGACAUAAUUACAUAGUUCAAUAUUAAAUAUUGCUCAAUAUUUAUUUACUGCAAUGGGUAUAAAGAUAAGAUUUAUGAGAGAAUGACAUCUGUUUUCAUCCCAGCAGACAAAAUCUCUCGCGCACCGAAGGUUUUUAGCGAUUAAUGAUUCAAAAAGUCGUCAACGAAGACUUCGCAACGGUAUAGUUUUUUUUUUAUCUUUUCGCUGAACUUAUCGACCAAAGGAGAUGAGGAGAAACACACUUUCCCUUGAGCUCGCCACGAGGACGGAGGCGUUAGUUUGUACUGAAACAGUUUUGUUUGCUGUUACCAAUGUUGUGGCCACCCUCGGAAAUCUUCUCACUUUUUAUGCUGUGUACAGAAACCACAGGCUGCGCACGAUUCCCAACAUGUUCCUGAUAGCUCUGGCUCUAAGUGAUAUUCUGAUGUCUACUAUCUGUAUACCAUUUACAGUUGCAAGUCUUUUCCACGGCAGGUGGAUCUUUGGUGACACAGUCUGUCGCUGGCAAGCAUUUGAUAUCUUUACAUUUGGGACGAGUAGUCUUGGAACUAUGGCAGCAAUUGCAGUCAGCCGAUAUUUCUGUGUUGUUAAUCAGGAAAAGUAUCCCUCCCUGUUUAAGAAGCAAAGAUCCGUGAUGUACAUUUUCAUCGUUUGGUGCUUGGCUCUGGUUGGAUCUGUGCCCAUAUUAGUCUUCAAAAAUAACAGCGUUGAAUUCCAGCCCGGAAAUCUGAGAUUUUAA